CUUCACAAGUUGGCGCAAACCAAUUUUCUUAUUCUCUCAGUUCUUGUGUUAAGGAGUUGCCUAGACUGAUUUCUUUUCAUUGUUUUUAAAUUUCUCUCUGGGCUUAGUGGGUUUCUCUUGGAUUUUUGUCUUGACCUACGUGUGAAUGUCUGCUAUGUUUUGUUCUGUGUGUGUGGUCAAUUGGGUUUUGGUGGAAAAGGUGUUUGGUUGAUGGGUUGACCCAAAGCAGAGGAUUCUGAGUUCGCGCAGAUGAGAUGAUGUUUGUGUGGAUGAAUUAUUUUAUUAUUUUUUGUUUCUACCAAAUUAAUAUUAUUGUGGCGGAUAUUAAUUAAUUCUGGGAAUUUUACUUUGUCAUGCUUUAUUUUCUUCUGCAGUUUUUUGGUUUAUGUUUUUGGGAAGAGUUUAGUGUUGAUGUGUUUUCAUGGGCUAAUUGUUCUUUGUGAGAUGAUAUGUCUGGAUUACCGAUUUGCAUGAUUACACAUAUGAGGGUUUUAGUGGUGGUUAGAAUUGUAUGGUGAUGAUCAAGGUUUAUCUGCACUUGUAUAGGUACUCCUUCUCUAUUGAAGGGAGAUUGAUACUGCUACCGGUGUCCUCUACAAAAUUUGCUUUGUAAAUUGAAACUAACAAUGGUAAGUCUGAGAAGACGUAGACUGCUGGGACUAUGUUCAGGAAAUAGUUCGUUUGUCACUCCCCUUCCUCUUCACUGUGAGCAUCUGACUGCUACUGAAGCUUCGGGUCAGCAAGUUCAAAACACUAUUGUGAAAGAUGAACCGGGAUCAUCAAAUGCAUCUGGUUCCAGCUUGUCCAAAGAGGAUUCUAGUCAACAAAGCCUAGGACCACCUGUUAAACGCAGAAAGCAACAUUUAAGGAAACAUGCUCAUGAUAAAGAACCAUGUUUUAUGAGGGGGGUAUAUUACAAAAACAUGAAGUGGCAGGCAGCCAUAAAAGUAGACAAGAAACAGAUCCAUUUAGGAACAGUUGAGUCGCAAGAAGAAGCUGCUCAUUUAUAUGACAGGGCUGCUUUAAUGUGUGGAAGAGAACCCAAUUUUGAGCUUCAGGAAGAGGAGAAAAUGGAAUUGUGUAAACUAAAAUGGGAAGAUUUCUUAGCAAUGACUAGACAAGCAAUUAUCAGCAAAAAGCAUAAGAGAAAACAUAGUCCUGAAGCAAAAGAUGUCAGUAUGGAAGUUUCAGUGCAUUCUGAUGAUAGAAAAGUAGUAAAUCUAAACCAGCAAACAACAGUCUCCAAAGAUCUGAGUUAGGUGGGAAUGAAAAUUCAGUUUUAAGAAUUUAGAUUUAACUUUUAGAUUCAUUUUCAAUUUCAUUAACCAAAAAAUUGUACAUGGCCCAGUUCAUAGCUAUUUGCUUCCUUGUAACGGAGAAUGAAGAUUCGUUCAUUUGUUUCAUACACAGCAUUUUUUUUUC